AUUCCCUUGACGCGUUCGUAGAUGUGAUGGUGGAGGAAAUAUUCCCGAAACAUCGUGAGUCGUUCAAGUCAUCUGAAGACAACGACAUGUUGAACAAACUUUCUGACAAAAGCAACAAUCUAUCACAAAACUCGUCAGCCGCUAUGACGUUCCGUCUUAUGCAAAUGCUACUACCUUUUUCGCGGAUUGAGAAGAAGUUAACAACAGAUCCUAAACGACGAUUCUACAGUAUUCAGGAAUCGAGAGAGGCGUUCCUAACUAUUUGCGCUACUGAAACCGAGUAUAAACAGAAAUAUGAUGAGAAAGUGAAGCGUGAGUCCUGUAUUCCACCUUUUAUGACACUUAUUGGAACUAUAGAGAACUUCCAUUCAAUCAUGGUAGACUUUGAGAACAUAACAUAUAAGUUCUACAGCUUUGCAAAGGCUGUAGAUGUAUGUUUCAAAGCAUACCAGCUGUUUAACAUUGCUUACCCACCCAAGUGUGAGCACUUGUGGGAUUUUUUGAACAGAGAAUUCUACAAAUUGGAAUACGAUGGUGCAAGAACGAAACCACAUACUUUCGUACUACUAAAUGAACUUAACGCUGCAAAAGUCAGAAGAUCUACGCAACCAGCUGCCGAUGCCUGAAUUUUCGUUUGCUAUAAUUUUAGGUUAUUUGAAACAUCUUCAACAUCUUAAAAAAUUAUAUGGAUAUGAAUAUACUUGAGUCAAAUUUACUUUAUUCAAAAUAUCAGAAUUCAUGAAAUAAAAAAAU